AUGAGAAACGUAUGCCAACGAUUCAACAGCAUUAUAGACAGUUAUUAUCCAUAUCAGACACUCAUCACACUAUGUCUCGCAUAUAAUUCAAUCGGCGAUGAUGGAGUAGAACAUUUGGCUGAUGCUUUACAAUACAACACAACACUUACCACAUUAGAUGUCGGACAUAACGAAAUUGCAAAGAUUGGAGCACAACAUUUGGGUGAUGCAUUACAACACAACACAACACUCACCGUACUAAGUCUCAUUCGAAAUAGAAUCGGAGACGUUGGAUUACAAUAUUUUGCUGCGGGAUUACGACACAACGCAACACUCACCACACUUAAUCUUGCUAGAAAUGGAAUCGACGGAGUCGGAGCACAAUAUUUGGGUGAUGCAUUACAACACAAUACAACACUUACCACACUAAACCUCAGUGGAAAUGGAAUCAGAGAGGUAGGAGCACAACAUUUGGCUGCAGGUUUACGACACAACACGACACUAACUACGCUAUAUUUCCAAAAUAAUGGAAUUGGAGAUGUUGGAGCGCAAUAUUUAGCUGAUGCAUUACAACAAAACACAACGCUCAUCACACUAAAUCUUGCUGGAAGUAGAAUCCGAGAGGUUGGAGCACAACAUUUGGCUACGGGAUUACGACAGAACACAACACUCACUACACUAGAUCUUUGGGAGAAUGAAAUUGGAGACGAUGUUAUACACGAAAUUGAUCAGCUUGUUGCAUGGAAUAAAAGUGGAAGAAAACGGUGA